CAUGGAAUCAUGGGGUGGCCCUUUCUGGGGGAGACUCUUGGUUUCCUCAAGUCACAUACAUCAAACUCAUUGGGAAGCUUCUUACAAGAACAUUGUUCUAGGUAUGGCAAAGUUUUCAAGUCGCAUCUGUUUGGUUCUCCCACCAUAGUGUCCUGUGACUUUGAGCUCAACUUGUUGAUUCUUCAGAAUGAAGGGAAAUUAUUCCCUGUUGAUUACCCCAAUGUGAUGCAUAAAAUCCUGGGAAAGUUCUCUUUGCUUAUUGUUAAAGGGGGCCUUCACAGGAAGCUAAGAAGCACCGUUGUUAGUUUCGUGAGUGCAACAAAGUACGAAUCCAACUUUCUUCACUGUGUGGAAAUGCUUGCACUCUCAAGGAUUAACUCAUGGGAUCGAACCAGUAAACAAGUUGCUUUCUAUAAAGAAGCUAAAAUGUUUACGAUCAAUGUUAUGAUGAAGCACCUACUGAACAUUAAUCCUGAUGAGCCCCUAGCUUCGAAGAUUUUAGAAAACUUUGAGAACUACGUCAAGGGCUUCGUUUCAUUGCCACUAAAUAUACCAGGGACUGCAUUUUACAAGGCUUUGAAGGCUAGAAUAAGACUCUCGUCUAUUAUCAAAGGUAUUAUAUUGGAGAGGCGUAAAGGUAACGAUGUGGGGCCUGUGGAAGGAGGGGACCUAUUGAAUUUGAUUUUGUCAAAGAAGAACCUGAGUGAUGAAGAGAUGGUGAGCAUUGUGUUGGACCUCUUGUUUGGGGGUUAUGAGACAACAGCAAAACUUCUGUCCAUGAUUGUCUAUUUCCUUAGUGGAGCCUCUAAUGCUUUAGAAAGUUUAAAGGAAGAACACCAAGAUAUAAGGAAAAGAAAAAAGGAGGGAGAACUCCUGAACUGGGAAGACUACAAGCAAAUGGAGUUCACUCAAAAUGUGAUAAAUGAAGGUAUGAGAUGUGGUAAUGUAGUCAAAUUUGUGCACAGGAAAGCUGUUCAAGAUGUCAAAUUCAAAGAUUUUGUGAUACCCGCAGGGUGGAAGGUUCUUCCUGUCUUGUCUUCUGGACAUUUGGAUCCCACCCAUUUUGAAAAUCCUAUGGAGUUCAAUCCCUUUCGGUGGAAUGUUUUUUGUCUCUAUUUGCAGGACAAUUCGACAAGCAAGAAAGCACUACCAUUUGGUGGGGGUCCACGACUCUGUCCAGGGGCUGAUCUAGCUAAAGUGGAGAUAGCAUUCUUCCUUCAUCAUCUUGUCCUUAAUUAUAGGUGGAAAAUCAGGCCUAAUGACCCACCACUUGCUUUCCCGUACGUGGAGUUCACCGGAGGGCUGCUAUUGGACCUUGAGCCCACGGGCAUUACUUUUGGGGAACACCCUUGA